GGAACAUCUACAAACUUUCGCUGACCCGUCAGGCACCCCUCCAUUACCUCGCCUCAGCGCCAUUGACAGCGCGCUGACGUCAAGUCACCCCCAUCGAAUACGGACACGGAAAUAUACUUGAACCAACUUUUCGGCCCCAGCACUUCAGCGUUUUUCUUAUACACUUCCCAUAACCAACCGACUUACAUCUGCCCACGCUCGAUGGAUGCUGACGAAGUCAUCCCUGGUCUAUGGAUUGGCGGACUGGAGAGUCUGAAAGAUAUCGAGGGCCUAAGAAAACGUAACGUCCGGAGUGUUGUCUCAGCAAUGCGGGGAAAGGUCACCAUCAACGCAACACUGAAUAACCAUCAAAUCAGCAUUGACGAUACCGUCGAUGAAGACAUCCUUGUCCACUUUUUACCCUCCAUCUCCUUCAUCCAGACCGAGCUUGAUAAGGGUCAUGGAGUUCUCGUCCAUUGUCAGGCUGGCGUCAGCCGCAGUGCUACCAUAGUCGCUGCAUACCUCAUGCACUCCCAGAAGAUCGAGGCGGAGGCUGCGCUGGAGAUGAUCAGACAGGCUCGGCCCCAGGUUGAACCGAAUGAGGGAUUCUAUGAGCAACUCCUCGUCUUCCAGCAGGCUUCCUACAAGUUCACCGGGCGAGAUAAGACGAUCAGGAUGUUCUAUAUGCUCCGCACCACGGAGCAAAUUCUCAAUGGCGACGGCACUCUUCCUGACUCCGUGUCGAUGUUCGCCAAGCACCCCCGGUCUCCUUCCGAUUCUAUACCAAAUUCCCCCAUGAUCGUCCCCCAUCGUCGCAUCAGAUGCAAAAUGUGCAGAACCGAACUUGCCACCCGCGAACACAUGCUCGACCACGGCCAGCUUGGGCCCCCGACGCCCGCUGGGCCCUCCCUCACGCCCGCCGCCUCCCGCCGCCCUUCCAUGACCGAGCCCUCGCUCUCCCGCCGCCCGUCCUCAGGCGCUAACCAGCUUCCCGCGCUCAGCGAACUCACACCACUAUCACCGUCUUCGCGCAGACCCUCGGGAGCGGGCACGGGACCUGGCGCCGAUCUCCAGCUCUUGAUGUCGCUCAACCGUCGGCCGUCCGUGGGGAGCACCAGCUUCUCGAUCUCGCGCCGUCCGUCCGGAUCUCGGCCCGCGCGUUCCGGGUCUAAGUCGGAGAAUAGUGGCAGCCCGAAUGGCGCUGGGGCUGGGGCUGGCAGUAAUGGAGGAGGUUUAGCGCGCCCGCAGCUUGCGGGUGGGCGGAGUCUGCUCGAGAGCAUGUCGAUGUCUGCGCUGGAGGAUGAGGACGACGAUAUGGACGUGGAGGAGGCUUCUGCACGGUCGAACUCGAGCGGGGCGACCACCGUGGCGGGGAUGACCACGCUUUCUAUAUCCAGGCGCCCGUCUCAAGGUGCGAAAAGGCCGUCAUUCGUGUCCAUGGAGGGCAUCGGGCGGGAGAUAUCGGAUACGCUGGACGCGGCGACGACGCCGGCGGUGGAGGACGAGAACAAGUCGCUCGAUUCGACUGGUGCAGCUGAGAAGAAGACCGCGCAGCCUGCCGACGCUGCCCUGCCCGUGGCGUCGCCUGCGCCGAUCUCGAGCACGAGUGCCAGCCCUGGAUACGCGACACCGUCGGACCUCGCAGCGCAGCUACACACGCACCCAAAGCUCGCUGCGCUGCGCCAACCCGCUGGUUUGAGCAUGACUUCGAUCCAGGGCCCGUCGUCGCCGCGUGUGAUCGCGAGUCCACCGAUUCUAAUGAACUCCAAGUGUUCAGGGUACUUUGUGGAGCCUAUGAAAUGGAUGGAACCCACCAUCGAAUCGGGUGCUAUCGCGGGCAAGAUCGUGUGUCCGAACAAAAAGUGCGGUGCGAAGCUGGGCAACUUCGACUGGGCGGGGGUGUGCUGUAGCUGUCGAGAGUGGGUCACGCCUGGGUUUUGUAUACAUCGGUCGAAGGUUGAUGAGAUAAUCGGUUAGGGAUGUACAUCCAGCAAAAGAAAGAGUUGUGGGGAGUGCAUCGAUGUGCUGGUAUCUUGCCAUAUUGUCGGAGUCCUAGGGCUAUGCUGUGUAUCUGUGCAUCUAUGCGACGAGCUGGGAUAUAUAACUAUGUUCUAACUGG